CUCUGAUCCGCCCAUACCCGCCGCCACGAACCACCGUGGUGCGGAGGUGCUUUCUCCCCUUCCGGCCCCGUACUGUGACUAAUUUCAAGAAUGGGUCAGGGGAUGAGUUGCAGAGCGACGGAUGAGCACGGGCUGUUCUCUGCCGUGCAGUGUGGCGACUUGGAGAUGGUGGAAGCUGUUUUGGCAAGAGAACCGGGCCUGGUUCACCAAACCACGGUCUAUGAUCGCCAUUCUGCUUUGCAUAUAGCUGCGGCCAAUGGCCAGAUCGAGGUCGUUAAUAUGCUGUUAAACAUAUCUAUCAACCCGGAUGUGUUGAAUCGCUACAAGCAGACUCCAUUGAUGCUGGCUGCAAUGCAUGGAAAGAUCACUUGUGUCCAUAAGCUCAUCGAAGCUGGGGCUAAUAUAUUAAAGUUCGAUUCACUUCAUGGACGAACGUGUUUACACUAUGCUGCUUACUAUGGCCAUUCUGAUUGCCUUGAAACAAUUCUCUCCGCCGCUCGCACAUCCCAUGUUUCUGUUUCUUGGGGGUUUGCCAGAUUUGUAAAUGUAAGAGAUGGCAAGGGAGCAACACCUUUGCACUUGGCUUCUCGCCAAAGGCGACCUGAUAAUGUUCGUUUGUUGUUGAACAAUGGAGCUUUAGUCUGUGCAUCAACUGGCGGAUAUGGUUUUCCAGGCAGCACUCCUCUGCAUUUGGCUGCAAGAGGGGGGUCUCUUGAUUGUAUUCGUGAGUUGCUGGCAUGGGGUGGCGAUCGAAUCCAAAGAGAUGCCUCUGGGAGAAUACCAUAUAUGGUUGCUUUAAGGCAUAACCACAGUGCAUGUGCAGCAUUGCUAAACCCUUCGUCGGCAGAGCCAAUAGUUUGGCCUUCGCCUCUGAAGUUCAUCAGUGAGCUAAAUGAAGAUACAAAAGCUUUGUUAGAAAGGGCUCUGAUGGAUGCUAAUAGAGAGAGGGAAAAGAUCAUAUUAAAGGGGACCUCUUACAUCCUUCCUUCUCCCUCUCAUUCUGAAGCCAACUUUGAUGAUGACAAUAUUUCUGAGGGCAGUGAUACGGGUCUAUGUUGCA